UUUUUUUUUGUAAUAUAAAAAGAUAUACAAAAAUGAAUUCAUAUCAAAAACGCAUUGACAGCUAUUGUUAACAGGAUCAACAUCAAUUACUACGGAUACACCAGUGAAAAAAGUAACAUGAACUACUACACUUGCGUACUACUUUUAGUUUUAGCUACUCUGAGUCAAGCGCAAUUCUAUUUUCAUCAACCAUCACGUUUACAAUAUCCCUUUCAUGCGCAAGAAGCUCACCCACAACAUUAUCAUAUAGCACCAAGCAUUGGCUUAGCUACAUCACAGCAAUAUGCACAUCCAUCAGUAGUAGAGAACUCAUAUCGUGAAUCACAACUUCCAUCAGAAUUGCUUAAGAGUGAACGUUUCUAUAAGAACCCACAUAUUGCAGCUGCCUUAGCAAAGGAAUCAUGGUUUACGGACAAGGAAAGUCCAGUAAUAGAUCGUGAAGCAGAAAAAAUACCACGAGAGAUGGUAUUCAAAAUCUUCAAGAAUGCCGGAUGGAUUAGACGCAGAUGAGAAAAGUUUAUUCCAAAAUAAGCUGUUAUUUUUUUUAAGUGUAUUUGCAAAAAACAAAACGUGAUGCUAUUUAUAAAUAUUUA